UAAAAAAAUUAAAUAAAUAUAUAUUUUUAAAUAAAAUAAAUUACACCAAAAUAUGUUGAGCGACAAUAUUAAGCCAAUUAGUGAUAUAAUGUGAAGUACCAAAAGAAAAAGAGAAUUAAAUAAUUGCAAAAAAGUGCUGCAUUCUUUUUCCAUUGUGUAGUAAAAAGUUGUAUAUGUAUGUAUUAAAAGAGUGUGUGUGUGUGCAUGAAAAAAUUGCAGCUUGCCCCUGACAGCCAACAUUUCAAGGUUUUGAGCACAAAAAAAAAUUCCCCAAAAGCAUAUUAACGCAUUCGCAUAUUUGCGCUCUCCUUCAUUAUACAUAUGAGUUUUGUUUGUGUAUGCGUAUAUGUAUUUUUAUGUGAAAUAAAUGCUUUAAUAGUCGCUAUAAAAGGCAUAAAGGAAUAAAAGCGAAAAGUUGAAUGCCAUACAGAUAUACAUACAUACAUAUAUGUGGUGAAUAAUAAGCAGCCAUAACUACGCCACAACACACAAGUUCACUGGCAUACAUACUCAUACGUACAUACAUACGGUGUAUUAUACGCCACUGCGUACGUACAUCAGUCACUGCAGCAACAAAAAACAACAAAGCCAUAUUUACAUAUGCAACAGCGUAAAUUGUUAACAUUUGUGUGAAUUUAAUUCAUUUACCUACACACACACUCACACAUACGCAUACACACUCGCAUACGCACUCACAAUGGAAGAUAAUAAUAAUAUAAUUGAAGAGCAAGAGGAGACAACCACAUCAACUUCGAAAUGGCGGAAAACGCGCACCACAGUUAAGACUUCAUCCACAACCAAAACUACCACUCUCACCACUCCCGCCAAAUUGUAUGGCAAGGAUUUGAGCGAAUAUGAUGAGGUUGAUGUUGAUGCAUUAUUGGCGCAAUUGUCACCAGAGGAAAUCAAUAUUCUGGCCAAAGAAGUUGAUCCCGAUGACAAUUUCCUGCCACCCGAUCAACGUUGCAGUUACGAAUGCGCUAAAGAUCCCACCGGUCCAUUGAAUCGUAAAAAAUUAAUUGAGCACAUUAAUAAGCAAGCUUUAGAAGCACCCGAUGAGCCAGAAUUCGAACCGUACGUAAAGGGUACUGUAAGAGGUAAGAAAUGGGUGCCGCCACCACGGGAUGAUAGCGAAGUUGCCGCUGAGGAACAGAUCGCCAUCGAUUUGGGUGAAGAAUAUGAGCAUGCGUUGAGCGAUGCAACGCAAGAGGAGAUUAUCGAUUUGGCAGCUAUUCUUGGUUUCCAUUCAAUGAUGAAUCAGGAUCAAUAUCACGCUUCAUUGUUGAACAAGGGACAACCAGUUGGUAUGGGUUGGGAUGGCAUUACAAAAUCAACUCAACCAAAAUUGUUCCCAAUGGAUCCACCGAAUAACACAGAUGUCGAAGAAUCAAUUAAACGUGUUAAAGAUAACGAUGCUAAAUUGAUUGAACUGAACUUAAAUAAUAUUAAGAAUAUUUCCGAUGAGAAAUUUGAACAACUUUUCCAAGUACUGCCCGAUAAUGAAAAUUUGGAAGUUCUUUCCUUAACAAAUGUUGGUCUCACUGACAAGACAGCUCUCUUAUUGGCUGAAGCAAUUGAGAAAAGCAAAACCUUGAGAGUAUUAAAUGUUGAGACAAAUUUCAUUAGUCCGCCUGUUAUUGUGACCUUAGUAAAAGCCCUGCUCAAAUGCCGCACAAUUGAAGAAUUCAGGGCAUCCAAUCAGCGAUCCUCAGUGCUCGGCAAUAAGAUCGAAAUGGAAAUAACCGAAUUGGUGGAAAAGAAUCCAUCCCUACUCAGAUUAGGUCUGCAUUUGGAAUUCAACGAUGCACGUCACAGAGUCGCCGCACAUUUGCAGCGCAACAUCGACAGAACUGAAAUGCAAUCAUCAUCCGCAGCUGCUGUAAGCUCACAUAUACGCUUACCACCAUCAGUUGAAAAGCAAAUCGCGCCAUUGCCACCAUUAUCAUCGCCAUCGUUAGUUUUGUCUACUCAUUUGCAAAAGCAGCAAGCAUUGGCAAAAGACGCAUCAUCAUUAUCAUCAUCAUCGCCACCGGCAUUACCAUCAGCAUCAGCAUCGACAUCGUCAAUGGCUACCAUAAAGACGGCUACCCAAACAACAACAAAAUCACUUGAAACUGAAUUUGCACAAAAAAUGCAAUUAACAGAUGCAACAGCUGUCGCUGUCACCGCUGCAGGUGCUGAACAGAAGUUGGAUGACUCGAAUAUCAUUGCAUCGAAUGACUUAGAUGAUAUCAAUAUUUUGAAUUCAUUGAAAAAUGAGAGUGACGCACUUGCAACUAGCGAAAAGUUAGAUGCUAAAAGUGUUGUUGUCGCCGAUUCGGCACCACAAGCACCGGCAAUGCCAGAUGUAGUAGUAGCCGUCGCGCCAGCUACAGUUGUUGCUGCAUUGAAUAUAAUUAAAAAUGCAAACGAGCGCGUUGAGAAGGAAAUUUAAAGAAAAAAUAAGCGUGAAUUCGCAAAAAUUUGCAUUAAUAUUAUUAAAAAAAAGUUUGUAGAAAAUAUUUGUUGAGUUAAAGAAGUUAUCAAUAAUUUACACCCUUAAUGUUCCUUAAGUUUUCUUCUAUAAAAAUGCUAAAAAGGAUUGGUAGAAUCUAGUUGCAAUCGCCGGCGUCAGGUAAUAUUGAUUACCCUGCACUGUUAAACUCAUCCAAAACUGCGUUUAACACUCAUUUCACUUACAUAUAUAAAUUCGUCCAUGACAGUGUGCCGAAUUGCGUGAAGUCAUUAUCAUGUUACUGCGUUGUUCAUCGAACGUGUUCAGUUAUUUAUUCAUUGUUGAAGUCUUAUGUGUUGUUAUUUGUUUCUGUUUACAUUAAAAUGUUGCCGUUAUUGUUGUUUUUUUUUACAGUUUGCUGAAAAUAAUGUUAGUUAGGUCUCUGAUAAAUAUUUAGUAACUACUUUUAGUGAUUUUAACAAAUCAAUUUAGAUUACUUGUAACAAUUGCAUUGCAGCAAAUUAUCGCAAACCAAAUCAUGCAGUCAUCAUUGCUCAGCGGGACUUUUCACAUAAAGCGAUUACAUGAGAUCCUCACUUCAUUCCACUGCAAAAGGCUCUUUUCGUAAUUUCCAUUUAUCGAUUUACCUGCAAAUAAGCUUGUGUGUAUGUAAUCUACAGACACACCUACGCUAUUUUAGCUUAAUUGAUGCCAUUUUCAUUCUUCACCACAUUCAACUGCUACACAAAACAUUUCUCAAAUCUCAUUUCAUACACAAAUAUUUUAUAUUUUGUGUGAUUCACUCGUUUCCCUCCCGUGUAAAUCCGCUCUCUAACUCAAUUUGUUGUUCUCGUUGAACCCGGUUUCUUUUAAUACCUAUUUGUAUUUAUUUAUUUAUUUAUAUAUAG